AUGGUUCGCCACGGAAUCACGGCGAGUCUGCUCUCGCUGCCACUGCUCGCCCAGGCUGUUCAGCUAGGUCUUGGCUCACUUCCUGUGCCCGCCAGUCAACUACGCAAGCAGGCGGAAGCACACAACACUUUCUCUGUAGAAGAGGCCCAGAUCGCCGCAACGUACCCUGCUUAUACCCUCUCCACGCCGAUCGACCAUUUUCACAAUGACUCUCGAUAUGAGCCUCAUUCGGACGGCUUCUACAACAUGCGAUAUUGGUUCGAUGCAAGAUACUACAAGCCGGGCGGGCCGGUCAUUGUGCUAGCUGGUGGUGAAACAUCUGGCACUGGUCGUUUGCCUUUCAUUCAGAAAGGAGUAGUGGCCCAGAUAGCCAAUGCGACAAACGGCAUCGGUGUCGUUCUGGAGCACAGAUACUACGGAACCAGCUGGCCUGUCAAUGAUACACGCACCGAGAGUAUGCGAUUUCUGUCUACCGACCAAGCAUUAGCAGAUGCUGUCUACUUUGCGCAGAAUGGGAAGUUCCCAGGUUUGGAGAGCUAUGACAUCAACCCAAACAACACUGCUUACAUCGCAUACGGUGGCUCCUACGCCGGAGCUUUCGUUGCUAUUCUUCGGAAGCUGUAUCCUGAUGUGUACUUCGGAUCCAUUGCUUCGUCUGCCGUUACCGAAGCUAUCUACGAUUACUGGCAGUAUUUCGAGGCUGCCCGCAUUUAUGGCCCCACGGCCGGGAUAGAGGCUACUCAGAAGGUAACCAACGUGGUCGAUAACAUUCUCAUUGGCAAGAACGGCACCGAAUACCCUCAGAAAUUGAAGGAGGUCUUCGGUCUCGGCGGCGUGACAAAGGAUGCAGAUUUCGCCAGUACCUUGACCAAUGGUCUGGGGUACCUGCAAUCAUAUAACUGGGAUCCUACUCAGAGUUCAAGCGAGUUCUUCAGAUAUGCUGCCAUUGUUGGCAAUGACAGUGUGGUCUAUGCUAGUACCGAAUCCUUGCGAUCUACUGUCACGGAGCUCAUCGAAGCUGGUGGUUGGGGCAACGAGACCGAGAAGCUGUCCAAUCACUUCUUAAAUUUCAUCGGCUAUGUUCGAGAGUCUUCAGUGGCUAGCUGCACGGAAGCUGACCAGAAUGUGUGUUUCGGCACAAGUGAUCCAGAGCUGUAUACUUCGACCGAUGCUUCUCAGACUUGGAAGUCCUGGCCUUACCAAUACUGCACAGAGUGGGGAUAUCUGACUACUGGCAGCGGUGUGCCGGCUGGCCAGCUACCGCUGAUCUCGCGAACGAUUGACAUUGCAUACAAUGCACAGAUCUGUGUUGAGGCCUUCAACAUCACGACCCCGUCGGAUGUCGAGAUUAUCAACAAGCAUGGCGGGUUCAGCCUAAGUUACCCUCGUCUCGCGUUUAUUGACGGAGAGUGGGACCCAUGGCGUGCAGCAACACCUCAUGCUAUAGGGUUAGAGCGCCCUGACACAAUCAGUGAACCUUUCCGUUUAAUCUCUGGAGGUGUCCACCACUGGGAUGAAAAUGGGUUGUUUCCUAACGAGACAACGGCUCAGCUACCACCGCCGUCGGUAAAGGAAAACCAACAGUACGAAGUGGAGUUCGUUACAGCGUGGCUCAAGGAUUGGGAGACAGAGAAGAGUACGAGCCUCGGGCAGCCUUGA